CUGCCCGGGUCAGUAACGGGCAGUUGCCCAUUAGCAAGCCGCCUCUACCGUCCUUACAAAAGCCUCAUUUUUAUAGCCUUCUUCUCUCCAACUUGUUCCUUAGAUUUCUCAUACCCCUUUCUCUUUUAUCAGUUGUUAUUGUUAAUUAAAUUCGACAAUUUUUAGCGAUUAAGCAAAACACAAAGAGAGAGUAAUUUUUUUCCUUUAUAGCGGGGAUGUAUAUUUCUGGUGAGACGAAAACUGUAAAUCCAACCGAACCGGUCACGGAAAGUGCAAGAAGGCGACGAAUGGAAAUUCACCAGUUUCGAUUUGUUGCCAGCGAUAUGGCAGUGGAGAAUGGAAGAAAGAGACAGAAAUUGGAGAAAACUUUCUCCGUAAAAAGCCAUGAUAUGAAUGAGAAGAGGUCAUCCAAGCUGGAAAGGAUUGUUUCCCUGCCACUAUCGCUACCGUGCAUGAGAAGUACUGAAAUUGACGUGGGUGAUGAAAAGAAGGUAGCAGAGAACAAAGAAACCGAAACGAACGCUUUGAAUUUAUCGGGUUCUGCUUCAUUAACGUCGAAUAUUGAACGUCAGGGGGUUUCGGAUUGUCCGAAGUUCGGGAUGACAUCCGUAUGUGGAAGGAGAAGAGACAUGGAAGAUGCGGUGUCCAUCUACCCUUCGUUUCUUCAGGAGAAAAAUGAAAAGUCAAGCAACUUACAUUUCUUCGGUCUCUACGACGGCCACGGCUGCUCUCAUGCGGCGAUGAAAUGUAAAGACAGAAUGCACGAGAUAGUGAAGAACGAAGUUGAAAGCGGAGGGGAAUUAGCUACGUGGAAAGAUAUGAUGACGAGUAGUUUCACAGAAAUGGAUAAAGAAGUGGUCGAAUAUUCAAAAGGAGCUGGAGGUGCACAGAGAGCUGAUUGUAGAUGCGAACUUCAAACGCCUCAGUGUGAUGCCGUUGGAUCCACUGCUGUUGUGGCCUUGGUAACACCAAACAAAAUCAUCGUGUCCAAUUGUGGUGAUUCUCGCGCUGUGCUCUGUAGAAACGGCGUCGCGAUUCCUCUGUCUACUGAUCACAAGCCUGAUCGACCCGAUGAACUCAAUCGGAUUGAAGAAGCUGGUGGUCGUGUUAUCUAUUGGGAUGGUCCAAGAGUUCUCGGAGUUUUGGCUAUGUCUCGAGCAAUUGGUGACAGUUAUUUAAAACCAUAUGUUACAUCCGAACCGGAGGUAACCAUAACAGAAAGAAGAGGAGAAGACGAGUGCUUGAUAUUAGCGAGUGAUGGGCUAUGGGACGUUGUGUCAAAUGAGACGGCAUGUGGUGUGGCUCGGAUGUGCUUGCGAUCUGGGAGGCCAUUGUCUCCUGUAGGGUCCCCGGAAGAUGACGCAACUGCGACAGCUGCUGCUAGGGAGAGCUCAUCCGACCAGGCUUGCACUGAGGCGUCAAUACUCUUGACAAGGUUGGCUUUGGCUAGGCAUAGUACUGAUAAUGUUAGCGUUGUAGUUGUUGAUUUGAAGAAAGGUCUAUAGUAGAAUUUUGCAUGCAUAGUUUUGGUUUUUCUUCUUUUAGAGUCAGUUUAUCAUAGGCAAGAUUUUCCAUGGUUGAAUGUAACCUUCGAGGUUUCCCUAAAGAAGGGAAGCUGCUUGAGUUGAGCGGGAGAGAGUCUGUUGUAUUACUCCCAGUUGAUAAACGGAUCAACGUUCUUUUGAUUUUUCCGGGCUUUGCUUACUCUACUCAAUCAGGUUACUUUUAUUGUGGUUAAGGUUUUUGCAUAUUUAUGAAAAAACCCCUUUU